CCCACGCUGGUGGUAACACAUCAGAGAAACAUGGAGCUGUAGCUGAGCAGGGCGGGGCAGUGCGCAUGCGCGGUAUCUUUUCGUGGCCCUUGUCUUCUUGGUGCUUGUCUGGUCUUUAGGGGACCUAUUCUAGCAGUAAAACCUAGGGUAGGACUGUUAGGCAACGAUAUACCUACACAUUUCAAAUUGUUUAUUAGGCUGCAUUGUGCAAACUUGACUUGCUGUCGACAGGAAUCGCCCAGGGCGUCGACUGACCAACAAGCAGAGCAUCCAUUCAUCCUUUUCAUUGGCAGCUGAGGUUUUCCAGUCGAGCUAGCUAGCGUUAGCCAAGAGGCAGGGGACAGCUGUGUCAGACAGAGGGAUCCUUAAAAUGUCGGGUUACCAAGGAAAGAAGAACAUCCCAAGAAUUACAAGUGACCGUCUCCUCAUCAAAGGAGCAAAGAUAGUGAACGAUGAUCAGUCAUUCUUGGCAGAUAUCUACAUGGAGGAUGGAGUCAUCAAGCAAAUCGGAGACAACCUCAUUGUUCCCGGGGGAGUUAAGAUCAUAGAGGCUCAUGGGAGAAUGGUGAUGCCUGGUGGUAUUGAUGUGCACACCCGCUUCCAGAUGCCUGACCGAGGCAUGGUGGCGGCAGAUGACUUCUACCAGGGCACCCGGGCGGCCCUGGCCGGGGGAACGACCAUGAUCAUUGACCAUGCAGUGCCGGAGCCUGGUGUCAGCCUGGUUGCUGCUUUCAAACAGUGGAGGGAGUGGGCUGAUAGCAAGUCCUGCUGUGACUACUCUCUUCAUGUGGACAUCACUGAGUGGAACAAAGGCACUCAGGAAGAGAUGGAGACCCUGGUGAAGGAUCAUGGUGUCAACUCUUUCCUGGUCUAUUUGGCUUAUAAGGAUGUUUUCCAACUUUCUGACUCUCAGAUCUAUGAGGUGUUCAGUGUCAUCAGAGAUCUUGGCGCCAUUGCGCAGGUGCAUGCUGAGAAUGGAGACAUCAUUGCAGAGGAGCAGAGACGUAUUCUAGAGCUGGGGAUCACUGGCCCUGAAGGUCAUGUGCUCAGCCGCCCAGAGGAGGUGGAGGCAGAGGCAGUCAAUCGCUCCGUCACUAUAGCCAAUCAGACCAACUGUCCCCUCUACAUCACAAAGGUGAUGAGCAAGAGUGCUGCUGAUGUCAUCGCUCUCGCCAGGAAAAGGGGUGCUGUGGUUUAUGGAGAGCCCAUAUCUGCCAGCUUGGGCACAGACGGCACCCAUUACUGGAGCAAGAACUGGGCCAAGGCGGCAGCCUAUGUUACUUCUCCGCCGCUCAGCCCUGAUCCCACCACCCCCGACUACCUCAACUCCCUGUUGUCAUGCGGGGACUUGCAGGUGACUGGGAGUGCUCACUGCACUUUCCAGACUUCUCAGCGCGCAGUAGGCAAAGAUAACUUCACCCUAAUCCCAGAGGGCACCAACGGCACUGAGGAGAGGAUGUCCCUAAUCUGGGACAAAUGUGUGGUGACUGGCAAGAUGGAUGAGAACCAGUUUGUGGCAGUGACCAGCACAAACGCAGCCAAGAUCUUCAACCUGUAUCCCCGCAAGGGCCGCAUCGCCGUGGGGUCUGACGCCGACCUCGUGCUGUGGGACCCAGAUAUCACUAAGAUCAUCUCAGCCAAGAGCCACAACCUGGCUGUGGAGUACAAUAUCUUUGAGGGCACAGAAGUGCGUGGAGGUCCUCUGGUGGUGAUCAGCCAGGGCAAGAUUGUGUUGGAGGAGGGCAGCCUUCACACCACCGAGGGUUGCGGACGCUACAUCAGCCGUAAACCCUUUCCUGACCACGUGUACAAGAGGAUAAAGGCUCGCAGCAGGCUCACAGAGUUGCGAGGAGUCCCCAGGGGCCAGUAUGAUGGGCCCGUGUGUGAGGUGACUGUGACUCCCAAGGUGAUGUCCGCAGUCUCCUCCGUGAAGACUUCCCCUGCCAAGCAGCAGCAGCAGCAACAGCAGCAGUUUACUCACCAGCCAGUGCGCAACCUUCACCAGUCUGGCUUCAGCCUGUCUGGUGCCCAAAUUGACGACAACGUUCCUCGUCGCACCACCCAGCGCAUCGUGGCUCCCCCCGGUGGCAAAGCCAACAUCACCAGCCUUGGCUAAGCUCCUCCCGCAACCGAGCCGGGGUGCAGGGCAACAGGGGCCACUCUUACCACUGUCACAUCACAUCUGGUCACCUCUGACUCCCUCCUGCACCCCACCCAAAAAGCACUCCAUCCAUCCUUAUUCACACACUACCACUAUGUCACCUCAUGCAAAAAAAGAAAGAAAGCACUAUUCCAUUUUGUUUCGUUUUUCCUGCCAUAUUCCAUUGUCAUCAGGGAAGGAUCAAGUGAAUUGAAGCAGCGUUUUUGCUGUUUUUGAACCCAGUUUGAUUAUUGAUGAAAGUAAUUUGUUUACAUUUGUUUAUAUUUUUGUAUAAUUUUUUGCUGUAUAUGUGUGAGCUGCUCAGAAAGUUGACUGAAAACUAGGCCCGAGAAGCGGUCAGCUUCACAAGCGGGCGUUUUAGAAACAGCAGUUGUUUACAGGUUAUUUUUCUUCUUGCGCUGUUUAUUUCCCAGAUAUCAGUUAGAAUGUGCUGGUGGUUGUGUUACAGGACCACCUUUAGUUGAAAGUAAAGCCUCCUCUGUCCAUGUGAUAACAAUGUUGCACUGUAACGUUGCUGUUUUAGGACAAAAAUCUCAAAACACUAAUUAUGAAAGAUUAGACUGUAGAAUAUCUCAGAACACGUUUUUAUUUUAUCUGAAGUUUGCAGUAUGUAUUUUUUGUGUAGGUACUAUGUGCAGCUGAACAAUUCACUUUGGUCUUCCUUUUGUGUUAUAGUUGCACUUUCUCAAUUUUUAAAAAAAAUAUAUGUUUUAUGGUUUUAUUAAGUCAUUUUGGAAAGCGCUGACUGCACUGAAAGGAAAAGAAAGGGUAUUUUAGUGUUAAACCACUCAUUCAGUUUCACCCCGAAUAUGGGGGGGAAGGGAGAAAUGGCUGGUACAUUAACAUUUCGUCUGAGAAACAUGAACCUUUUCCCCCUCAUUUCAUCAUUUUGUGUUUUCCUCAUGUUUGUUGAAAAAAAAAAAAAAGGUUGUCAUGGCAACAAGCUCCCAAUAAAUCAGACCGGUGUAUGUUGUUCGGGAUACAGACAGGACACUGCGAAGAAGCUGGAUGGGAGGUUUUGCCGACAACCUUUCUGCACCUGGUGCUAUAUGACCAUUGCUGUAUAUGUGCCGAUGAUGUCCCACAUCCACACAGCAGUCGUGUAAGCUUUGUAAUAACAGCAGCCAGGGUAGAGUCACCUUUUACCCAAUUUUGACAGAAUUUGUUUUGCACCUGUAACAAUCCAAAUGGUAAAACUGUAUGUGAGCUUGCAACUUUUUAUUUGUGUUGGAUAUGUCUGUACGUUUUAGGAUAUUUGUUGAAUUGAACUACUUGCUUGCCUAUUCUGUAAGAUAUUGAUAGCACACUGUAUCUAUGAAGGCUCUUUGAAGAAGUGGAACCAUGAUCUUUGAGACCUGAUGAAAAACGCCUACAGUAUGUUUAUGAAAUCCCUCACAGCGUGCUGAUGAUGUGUCCACUGUUCUUGGUGUUAGUGUUGUGAAUGAAUUACCAGAUAUCCAGUUCUUCUCUUACCCCCUUUUAUCUGCCCGACUCCGUCGACGAUCAGACUCACUCGAGGUAGUAACUGUAUUCACGAAACCACAACAGUUUUCAUCAGUGACCCAGCGCUGUACGACCACGCCGUGAAACACUGGAUUAUUUCUUCCUCAUUGCCUUGUAAGUGUAGGUUUUUGUAUGCUAAGCUAUAAUGUGAAGUGAUUUACAUUUGGGGAAGUUUCUUGGUAAUGGUUAUUGACUUGUAAUGUUGAGCACUGUCGUUGCCCCUCUCCCAGCAAGUGUGAUACUCUCUCGGUCAUGUAUGUUUUGUAGGUUACCAGGGUUUUGGGGGAAAUCAUUGGUCCCGUCAGCAUUUGACCCUAUCUGUGUUGACUUCAGUGGAUUAAAAUAAUAAAAAAUUAAA